GCGCUCUCGCGAUUUUAAUCGAUCUCUCCUCUCUCAUCGCUCUACUGCUCCUUAUAUACUUCACGUCUGUUUUAUAUACUCACGCUCAAGAAACGGCUGAUCGUAUCAAAACGAACACCACCGAACCAAGUUCGCGCAAACGGUUUUGCAUGUGUUCACCGACUGGUGGUUGAAAUGAAGUGCGCGCGCUCUCUCUCCCUCUCUCGCAACGAUUCGUCCCACACACGCGGAAAAAUCCCGUCUCCUCGAUUAUGACCACCACGCCACGCCGCGCCGGACGUUGAAUGCUUCUCGCCGCGUCGGUCGUCGCCGCAUCCGUCUUCGCGCGAUUCGAUUUCGAAUCAACACUCCUUGCGCUUGCCACAAGCUACAAGCCGAUGGUAGAUUUUCGACUCGCUGCGUUGUUGCCGACGUGUUCGUCGCCGUCUCACCACGGGGUGUCGCUCUCUUCUCCGUCGUCGUCGUCGUCCUCGUAGUUCGUUGAUUGCUGCUGAAUGCAAAAGUGGAAUUAAUUGAAUGGGCCGGCCCACCCUGUUUUCCCCCGCCAUCGCCACCGUUGUCUCGGUUAACCGAUCGAGAAGCGCAAUCCCUUGGAGUUGGGGUCGUGUCGUAGUGCCGCCAAAGCUCGACAACGGAAAAUCGUUGCACACCGGUUUUCGCGUGGGGUUGUGUCUGAUGUGUUUUGGUCGCGAUAUACGAAUAACGUUUUUUAUUCGUUGGCGCGGAAAAUUCCUUUGAAUCAAAGCGCUCCCUAAUCCGAUUGAGCGGUUUCGGGGUGGACAUCCGCGUGUGAAUCCGGAAGUGUGUUGUCGUCAAUCGUACCGAGUCGUGAUUGGUGGUGGUGGUGCGUCGCCAUUUUUUUUUUGACACAGUGUCACACUGAAUAGCGACGGCGACGCGCCUAGGGGUGGAAAAGCGACUGAUUUGGAUUGAGUGGUGCGUACGUCACCGCGGGAAGUGUGAUUUUACCCCCGCCCUGCGUUGCUAGUUGGUGGUGUGAGUGUUUGUCUAAGCACUACUUUACUUUGUUGGAAGUGGCUCGUGUUUUCCGCUUUGACGUGCGGUGAAAUUGCGGAGAAAAGUGUGCUGUUUGACAAAAAUUACCGAUGAGUUGUUAACUGAUUGGGCAAACGUGAAAAUUUGUUUGUGUUCAAAUAAGUCGUGAAUUGUCAUCUACUGUGACGGUUGUGGUGGCUAUUUUCGGGGUGUGUCGUCUUUUGUGUGUCUGUUGCAACCGAAUGGAACGUGAGCUUCAAUUAAGAACUUCGGACAUAAUGUGACAUGAAACAGUAUUAUAGGAAUCCGGAAGUAAAAGUUUCAAAUCAAUCUACUCAAAUUAACAGAAUAACGUUGACCGAGACGAAGAAGACGAUCAACGCCAGGAUCAUCCCAGCGUCGCGGGGCCUGGGAAAGGUGAAUCAAAAGACAUUAAUGUGAGUUUGGUCGUGGUGGUCGAAGAAGAAGAAAAGGCGUAGGGCACAUCGGCCUUCGAUCGAGAGGAGCACCGGAGGAUGACAUCCGGGAUGGAGUUUGGCCGCAGUCCAGAUCAUCACUCAGAGUUGAGCGCCAGCCACUCGUCGCAGUUCGGCCCGAACCACCCGCUCGGGGUGCUUGGGAACCUUACGGCGCUCAACAUGAACGUUCCGAACCUGUCGGGACUGACGGCAGCCGCGGCAGCGGCAGCAGCAGCAGCCGGACUGGGUGUCGGCCAUGGGGACGUGUUGGAAAAGUUGAAAAUGCAAGUGCGUGACAUGAAGGUGGGACUCGGCAUGGGCGAUCAGAGUGAUUUCGCGGCUCUGCACGCCAGUUUCGGUGCGAAUGCCCUUCAGCAUCAGGCUUCGCCACAUCAAACCGGAAACGGAAGUGCUGCGUUUGGGGGCGGUGUGGGUGGAGGAGGUGGAAGUGGUGGAGGGGGUGCAGGGGUUAGUGGUAUUGGUGAAUACAAAGGUGCGGGACAAAACAGUGCUGGAGGGGGUUCGAGUGGGGGCGGUGCAAACAAUAGUGGAGGUGGUUACGCUUUCACGCUGCCCAACGCGCCUCCGGUUAACAAAGACGGCACUCCUGGUUCAAAUUCGUCUACGUCAAGUGAGACGUCCAAUUCUUCGCAGCACAAUAACGGUUGGAGCUUUGAAGAGCAGUUCAAACAAGUUCGACAGCUGUACGAAAUCAACGAUGAUCCCAAGCGGAAAGAGUUCCUCGAUGAUCUCUUCUUGUUCAUGCAGAAACGAGGAACCCCAAUCAACCGGCUCCCGAUCAUGGCCAAAUCGGUGCUGGACCUGUACGAGCUGUACAACCUGGUGAUCGCCCGCGGUGGCCUCGUGGACGUGAUCAACAAGAAGCUCUGGCAGGAGAUCAUCAAGGGACUGCAUCUGCCGUCGAGCAUUACCAGCGCGGCCUUCACGCUGAGGACACAGUACAUGAAGUAUCUCUAUCCCUACGAGUGCGAGAAGAAGAACCUGAGCACACCGGCCGAACUGCAGGCCGCCAUCGAUGGGAAUCGGCGCGAGGGACGACGAUCCAGCUAUGGACAGUUUGAUUCGCCAUCAGUUCAACGAUCGCCCAUUCCGCAGGGCAUCCAGCAGAUGUCGCCCCUGUCGCUGGUUACCCACGUCAAUCAGCAGCAGCACCACCGGCUCCUGGGGGCACCGAACGUCGCCCAGAUCCCGAACAUUCUGCCGCCCGAGUUCGAGCAGCGCAUGCUCGACUACAUCAAACUGUUCCAGCCGAAGGAGAUGAAACGCGAACAAAGUCCGGAACAGCAGAUGACCCCGCGGGAUGCCCUCAACGCGUUGGAAAUGUCCCGCGUUGCGCUGUGGAACAUGUACAACAACAACACGAGUCCGCCGAACUCGCUCAAUACCAGCCCGCCGGAGAUGCAGAGGGAAGCGCUGAACCUGGCCGAAUCGCCACCGCACCACAUGUCGAUCAAGCGCGAGCGCGACCAUCCCAUGGACUUCACUUCGGAUCGUUCCUCGUCCCGCGACUACAACAGCGGUGUUCCACCGGCCAAGCGCAGCAAUAACAACACAAUCGCGGCCGUGGCCGCCGUUGCCCAGCUUCAACAACAGCAGCAACAACAACAACAGCAACACCCACAACUUCACGGACGCUCUCUCACGCCACAGAAGCUUAAUCUGUCCUCGCACGAUGAAGACGAUGCCCACUCGGAUGGAACGCCGGUCAACCUGCGCGGCGAAAACGGCCUUCGUCACCACGAGGAUGACAUCCCCGACGAGGAGGAAGAAGAGGAAGACGAGGACAUGUCAAUGACCGAGGAUACCCACCACCCGUUGGCGCUGAACCGCAUCACCGAGCAUGCAGCGGCACUGGCCGCGGCCCAACGCGAACAAGCCCAGGUCAAUCACUUGGCCAGUCUGAAUCUGAGUUUACUCGAGCGAGAACGGUGCGAGAGUGCAGACAAACUCAAGCGCCAGCAGCAGUUACAGCUGGAGCAGCUCCAACGGGAGCAGCUGCUUCACCAUCAACAGCAGCAGCAGCAGCAGGUACAACAGCAGUUGCAACGUGAAAGGGAACGCGAACUGCUGCAGCGCGAGAGGGAACGGGAACUUCAGAAACAGCAAGAGCAACGACAACAGGAACAGGAACAACAAAGUCGUCAAAACGGGGACCGAUUGAGUGCUGCCGGGUUGGACAAUGGAUGUAGCAACACAAGCAGCCACAGCAACGAACAUCCGGUUCGAGCGGAGUCGGCACAACAGGAUGCAUCGGCUCCUGCGAGCACGGUGACGAACGGAAUCAUGGGCAUGCAGUUCAAGCUGAUCAGUCGAGGUGACGCCUCCAAAGGCGACCAACAGCUGGUGGUCUCAAUGGAAUUCAACGGUGUCCAGUACGAGGGCGUCCUAUUUGCCAACCCGCCCCCUUCUUCAUCGUCGCCCAACUCUCGCUCCUCAUCGUCGUCGCAGCAUAAAAUGACCACCGCCGGAUCAACAUCCCACCCGAACAACGCCAGCAGUAGUUCCAUCAGCAAUGGCGCCAGCGGGGCUCUCCCAUCACAUCACAUGCUACACCAUCAGCUUGCAUCGCCCUCGUCCAGCGGCGGCGGCGGUCUGUUGGUCACGGCCCCCAGCAGCGGUGUUCCCAUGUCGGCGGCAUCUUCCCCGGUCGGUAGCACCAGCAGCCACACAUCCCACACCUCGAUUGCAUCUCCUAUCGUUUCGCCGGUCAAAACCGGCGGCAGCUCGUCGAUAGGCGCCGGCGAUGAACCGGUUGGAAGUGGCUCGAUGGGUCUGGCGUCGCUGGUGACGCCCCGGCCACUUGUGUCCUAAGAGUGUGAUUAGUUUUAUUGCGACUCUCUGUUUUUAUUUUAGUUUAGUGGAACGGUUCUCCCUUGUUGGGAGAAUGCUUUUAUAGUUUAAAAACGCGCUUUCUUCCUUUCCUAGUUAAAAGGGAAGAAAGUCGCCCCCAUCUCGCAAUCCUUAUCCUUAUAUUUUGGGCUCUCGAAUGUUGCAUUUUUUCGUUCUUUUCAUUAGGCAAUUGAACAACUUUUUUAUUACUUAAAUCCUAGUUUAAGCACAUACCCUAAUAGAACUCUGACUUGAUUUUAGUACGAUAAUAACAUAAAAUGAGCAGCAAAAUUUUUGUCAGUGUGUUGAAAGCUUUCAAACUGCGAAUCCAAGCAUGCGCCGCGACGCGUUGGUUAUGGUGCCUGGUUGAAACUGAAGGUGGCAGCACUGAAUCGUACGCCAUGAAAAGCUUCGAAGGCCUGGCGUGAACCGAUUCACUUUCCGUGAAACGGUAACCGGAAGGCGUCGCAGUACACUGAACGAAAGCAACACUUUUGAACCAAAAAUUAUUUUUAAUUUUUUAAUAUAUUUUUUUAAUACGAAAAUUGAACAAAAUGUUACAACCGGAAUCGUCAUGCCAGGAAAGUAAGCAGCAAUCUAUCAUUUGGCAGCAGUGUGGUAGCGCAGCAAAGGUGUAAAUGUGAGAAGCUUGUAGAUGGUAGAUGGCUCUGUUAGUUAAUAUAACCUUAUCAGUUUAGACAUAGAUUUUUAACAGCUUGCUUAGAUGGAUAAACGAUGUGAUUAUUUUUCUACACUUGACUAGAUGUAGUAUUCUAAGCAGCUCAGCUAGUGAGAAAGUUAGUUUUCUCGUUUCGUUCGUUCAAGUAGCUCGUUUCGUUUUGAUAGGCGUAUUUUGCAGCAAAGUAAAUAGAUUCGUAGAGAUGUACAUAGGUUCAUGUGUAAGUUCAAAACCUAAUAAUCCUACUUAAAACGAAUUCAUAAUCUCUCUUAAAAUCAUAAGGUAGAACUCAUGUAUAUCGCAUUAUAACGAGCUGAAGAUCUGUAGGAAUGCUGAAAAUUUGACAUGUCUCAUUCUCAUAAAACUGAAAAAAAACGGGAAACCGAACAAAACUCGCUAAUAUUUGCUGCUACUAGUAUAAAGAUAAAAAAAAAACGAUACUUAGAUUUAGGCAAAGCACCCCCUUCCGGAUCGAUUGAAGUGCAAAAUUUUAUCUCUUACCUUUUUGUUGUUAGAAAACUCGUUUCCGGAUAGGAAAGGUAUGUUAAUGCUAGAAACUCUACGAAAAAAAAUCUCUUGCAAUAUAAGUUUAAGGUAAAUUACCCCAGAAAAAAAAAACAGCAAAACACACAAACACAAAAAUGUUUUAAAAACAAAUACGAAUGAGUAGUUUCAUUAGUGGACAGUAGUAGAAGCUAGGUUUUAGUUGCAAUUCGCUGACUAUAUAUUAUCCAUUGUUUUGUGAAUGUAGGUAUUUCCUAUUUUACUAGAUUUAUACCUUCACAUUUAAAUUAAUAUAUAUUUUACCUUGGCUGAGAGAGAAAAACAAAAUGAACAAUUAUCUAUUUAAAAUGAACAAAAUGGCGCCGCAAAUUUGGUGGCGCCCCCCGUAGAAGUUAGAGAGCAGAAAAGACAUCAUCGUCAUCAUGACCACGUCCAAGCAUCACAAACACAUACCACCCGAAAUCGAAACAGUUUUACACGACUCACAGUUAACGUUGAUGCAUGUAAAUCUUAAUCAAAAUAUGCUAACUACAAACCAAAACGUCUGUCACAUAGACCUCCGCCAGUUACUCGGAGCGAAGAUAAACUAUCAAAAUUUGUGCACGGAAAGUCUUAGAAUUGAAUGUCAAACACAACACAAUGACAAUUGAUAAUGAUGGAUAAUAGAACAAUAUGUUUUAAAAUAA